AUGGUUGAGCCCACGAGCAGCUUCACAACGCAACAACGCCAAACCCCGAGCGAAUAUUCAAGUCAGAUGUCGACCACAGCAAUGGAAUCAGUCAAUUCUACCACAGAUGCAGCGGCAUCGUCAAGAUGCGUCAUUCGACUAAAGUUUAACUUAGGGGCUGUCAGAAGCCUCAAUUUCAUGAACGGUUCUUCUGCCAGCAAUACCACAUCUGUGUCAAGUCUACUGUGUUCAGCCCUGAUAUGCUUCAGUGUUCUGUUUCAGGGGUGGUGGUCUUGGAUCCAAGCCAGUGCCUCUUCAUUGUGGCAAACGUACAGCGGAAGUAACGGGGGCUUCAUUGUUCUUGUCUGUUUGUGGCUGUUGUCCUCCAACUGCAUGUUUUCUGUUGUAGUGGAUAUGGGCGAUGAGCAGGAGGUAAACGACUACACCCAAAUGCAACCGAUAGACACAAGACCCUAA